AUGUUUGCCGAGAAACGGCAGCACCACAUUGGAUGGGAUGGUGGUGUCCAAAGCUCAAUGAAUCCAACUCACAGACUGUUAAUGGUGCGAAAAGUCGCAUCACAAAUUUGGAGAAAAAAGCUGCACGAUAUUCCAUUGUCGAAGGACCGCUACAACCUGAGGCGUAAAUCAUUUGCUACAAUAACCGGACAGGACAUCGACUUUUUCGAGCGAACUCUUCCCACCAAUAACCAAGUUCUUCGAGGUGAAACGGAAGCAGCUGGCUAUAAUCGUGACUACUUCCGGUACGUUCGAGGCAUGUCGUCUCUGGUUCUGAAACCACGUUCAGCCCAGGAAGUAAGUUCGAUUUUGAAGUACUGCAAUGGACGCAGAUUAGCGAUUUCGAUUUUCGGAGGCAAUACCGGCGUGUGUGGAGGAUCUGUUCCAGUUUUCGACGAAAUUGUACUAUCUUUAGAGCUGAUGAAUCGAGUCGAAAGUAUCGAUAGAUAUUCGGGGACUAUGCUAUGCGAGGCCGGUUGUAUCCUAGGAAAAUUGGAACAAAAUUUGUCCGAGGAAGGUUUGAUGUUGCCCUUAGACUUGGGAUCGAAAGAUUCCUGCCAGAUUGGAGGGAAUGUGUCCACUAACGCCGGUGGCAUUCGAUUGAUGCGUUACGGAAAUCUCCACGGUUCGAUUCUGGGUUUAGAGGUUGUUCUGGCCGAUGGAACCGUUUUGGAUUUGAUGAGCACUUCCAGGAAAGACAAUACCGGUUAUCAUUUGAAAAACUUGUUUAUCGGAGCAGAAGGAAGUCUGGGUGUGGUCACAAAGGUCGCCAUUAGCUGCCCACCAGCUACUGUAACCCAAAAUGUGCUAUUUUUGGGACUUAAAAGUUAUGAACACGUGCUUAAGACAUUCCUCGAAGCAAAAAAGCUAUUGGGAGGGAUUCUAACGUCUUGUGAGUUGAUAGAUCAUUCGGCUUUGGAUUGCUGCAUAAACCAUCUCGAGACAGAGGCUCCGUUGGGAGAGUUUCCGUUCUACUUGCUCAUAGAAACUACUGGUCAACAUAAGGAACACGAUGAUGAGAAAGUGGAAAUAUUUUUGGGACAGGUUCUGUCAACAGAGAUGAUACAAGACGGCAUUAUGACAAGUGAUCCCUCGAAAAUAAAGACAGAACAUUCUUUUGAAAACAUCUUGUAG